CCAUCUACUGUCGUUUGGCAAUUAUCGAACCACAAACGUUAACAUCUUACAAAAUACAAACAAAUUUUGGCGCUUAAAAGAAUCUGAGGUUAAAAAUUAACGUCUGCACUUAGAAGAAAUAGCGAUACUCUGAGCGUCUGCAGACUGUUAUUUAUAUUUUUGGGCCCUUGGAUUGUUUCUUCCUCGGUUUCUUCAUAGCAUUUUGGUUAUAUCAGCUAUGGAUACUCCAGAUACUGGUACAAAUAUUAUCUCAUUAGACAGUUUAAACACAUUCUUAAGUCAGCGAGAUAACUCAGAAAAUGCAUUUUAUAUAUCAACGAUUCCAAAGAUGUGUACCGAAGCUCCCUGCAUUUUAGGAAUUGAUGAAGCUGGGAGAGGCCCAGUCUUAGGCCCUAUGGUGUACGGAAUUGCAUUCUGUCCUAUAGAUAAGAAUGAAAUGCUAAAAUCCUUUGAAUGUGCAGAUUCUAAAGCAUUAACAGAAGCAAAACGUGACGAGAUAUUUUCAAAUAUGUGCACUUCAACAGAUGUAAUUGGCUGGGCCGUUGAUAUUAUUUCUCCGAAUCGAAUUAGUAACAGUAUGCUAAGUCUUAAGAAACAUUCCUUAAAUGAAGUUUCUAAAGAAUCUGCAAUAGGAUUGAUUAAAGCCGUAGCCUUUGCGGGGGUUGUUAUCGAACACAUUUAUGUGGACACGCUUGGAAGUCAACCAGAGAAAUACCAAGCAUACUUGUUAAAUAUUUUUCCAAAUUAUAAAAUAACUGUAGCUAAAAAAGCUGACUCUCUAUAUCCAAUUGUUUCUGCAGCAAGCAUUUUUGCAAAAGUCACCAGGGACCAUUCUUUACAAACUUGGAAAUUUUCCGAAGGUUUUGACUUAAAUCAUAAAGACUUUGGAAGUGGUUACCCAGGUGAUCCAGUAACGAAGAAAUUUUUGAAAGAGUAUUUAGAUCCUGUGUUUGGUUUUCCUCAAAUUGUUCGAUUUAGUUGGAGCACCGCCUCAAAAAUUCUAGAAUCUGAUGCAUAUCCUGUCGAAUGGAUGGAAACCGAAGAUGAAAAUCCAAAAUCAACCCAGUCUACACAAAUUACUUCAUUUUUUAAAAUGGAUAAAGAAACAAAGAAAAAACAUUCUUUUUUUGCUCAAAUGUGUCUUACAAACUCCACACCAUUCUAGUUUUAAGCCAUAAUUUAAGCUGCUUUUAGUUAUUAUAAUUGCAACAAAUAUAAUAUUUACUUUGCAAGAUAUUUGUAGUGUAAUGUAGGUAUAGUGUUUUUCAACAAAAUAAUUACCAUUGAUUAUCCAUUUUAACAAUGAUAAUGCCAAAUUAGCCUAUGUUCAAAUUGAAUUAGCAGUAAUGAAUCUUAUGUUAGGAAAUUAAAUAUUUUACUUUUUCUUUUGUAUUCCACAAAAAACUAACGUUUAUACAGAGCGGAUGCGUUCAAUCCCAGUUUGUUAAAAAAAAAUUAGGACAGAGAAACAAUAGCAAAAUUUUUUUGUUUGGAACAGAGACAUGGAGUGGUAGAUGUCUCUGGUUUGGAACUACAACUUUCUUUACUUUUUACUGUUACCACAGACAACAUUUAUACUACAGACCAUUGAAUUUCAAUGUACAGACGGUCAAUGCAAUGCUAUAGAAUAAACGCAACACCUAAUAG